AUGGGCCAACUUGACUCGAAAGAACCGCCAGAGCGGUCGGGUGAAAAGCCCAAGGCCUGGCGCCAGCUUGAUGAAGAAGAAGCAGUCGCUCGAAACCUUCGAGAAAAUCCCGUCGAAGAAUACAGAGAGCUUCCUCCCGCUCAGCAGCCCGUGUCUGAUGACGAGCUCCCCCUGCAAUCGCUGCACCACCUGUUGUGGUCACAUCCUCGCUAUUCAGGAAUUUUUGAAGCCGCAAAUACAAUGCCCUUCGAGAUUCCCGUCGAGCCGGUGGCUGAAUCGCUCAAGUUGGUGAACACAGUUCCAUUCAUCAUCGAGGCACCGCUAAACUCAGUAGAAAUAUUUGAAGCCAUCCUGAAGCCGUCGCAUCCCUUUAAGAUCCACACUGCGCGUCACGUCCAGCGUCGCUUCAAUCGAAGAGGCGGACCUGGUUGGAGGAGCCUGUACUCCGAAUACAUUCGGCUACAGGGCCAGCUGGAGCGGCAUCGCGAGAUAUUAUAUAUUCGCGUCCCCGAGGAUGCCUUGUGGACUCUCCGCAAGAGACUCAUGGGAACCUUCAUGCCCGUUUUGCUGAACGCCGUCGAGUUUGCCUUUGGGCCAGACGCACCUCCGCAAUCUGUGGGUGGCCAUCACUCGCUGGCGGGCCAGUCGACCGGCGUGCUCGACGUGACGCAGAGCUUCGAGAUACUAGUGGGCGGUUUCGACAUCUGGGCCCAGGUAAUGACCUUCAUCUUCAACGACGGACGCCGGGCACCGGGCAUGUGCGCACCCCAGAACUGCCCCUGGGUCCCGGCGUCGCCCUGGUCACAAUCCCGAAGCCAGCUCGAGGCCUGGAGGGCAGGCCAGCAUCGGAAGCUCCAUUACCCCAGCAACUCGGUGGCCGUCCACAUGACGCUCGGCUUCGGCGAGACGUUCGUCUACCUCAAUCUCCUGUACUACGUGAGCACCCUCAUGCUUCACCGCGAGUACUUCCCCUUCCUGCCGACCCCGGAGUCGGAGCCACGGGGUCCAGUCGACCAGCCCAUGCUGGGGGCGCCCGCCCCCGAGGGCUGGUGGGACGACAGCUCCCGACUCCUCUUCGGCGCGGCAGAGCACAUCGCCGCCAUUCUACACGAGGCCUCCGAGUGUGGCGUGCAUCUCAUGACGCCCUUUGCCGGGUUCUGCGCAUUCUCAGCCGGCUACCUCAACCUCUACGUGGCGAAAUACCCCCGAAUGAACCUGGGCCGCAGCCCGCGAGCAAGCGACUGUCUCAAAAUGUGUCUCGACUACCUGGAAAAGUUUCGACUUGUCUGGAAAAUCGCCGACGGAUGGGGCGGCACGCGCAAGAUCAAAACGAUACACCAUGCAUCCGUGCUCUACGAGCGAGCAACCGAGGACCGGACACGAUACCAGGGGCGCACACGAGCAGACUUUGAUACUCUACACCAGUCUGUCCACGAGUUCCGUGUCGUGGAUAGAUCCGACGCGCAUACUCGGGAGAUUCGGGGCGCGGAGCGGCCCUCGGCGCAGGCGACUUGGCCGGUUCAAGGGCACGAGCACGAGCACGAGCACGAGCACGAGCUCGACACUAAUACCUUGUUGAACCAGCUUUUCGCGGAAGUCAGCAAUAACCUCGACGAGCAGGGGGCCUGGUCUCAAUGGUGGCCGGCGAUUGAUCAGGUGGAUCUUUAA